CACCGCGCUUGCCCUGAGGCACGGAUCCUUUUUGGAAAUUAAUAUUUUAAAAAAAAGCCGAGGACGCAGAGGGAAAGGUGGGGGCAACAGGGAAGGCGAGACACACUGAGAGGGAGACAGAGCCCCACAGUGAGAGGAAGGAGGAAGGCAACAGUCGUCGGCAGCCCAGGUGAGGACCGGACUGGUGCGCCCUUCGCCGCCUCUGCCCGGCCUCAUCGAUGUUGUGUCCGCCGCCCGCUCGCCCGGAUCAAGAUGAACGCGCAGCUGACCAUGGAGGCGAUCGGCGAGCUGCACGGGGUGAGCCAUGAGCCGGUGCCCGCCCCUGCCGACCUGCUGGGCGGCAGCCCCCACGCGCGAAGCUCGGUGGCGCACCGCGGCAGCCACCUGCCCCCCGCGCACCCGCGCUCCAUGGGCAUGGCUUCUUUGCUGGACGGCGGCGGCGAUUACCACCACCACCACCGGGCCCCCGAGCACAGCCUGGCCGGUCCCCUGCAUCCCACCAUGACCAUGGCCUGCGAGACUCCCCCAGGUAUGAGCAUGCCCACCACCUACACCACCUUAACCCCUCUGCAGCCGCUGCCUCCCAUCUCCACCGUCUCGGACAAGUUUCCCCACCAUCACCACCACCACCAUCACCACCACCACCCGCACCACCACCAGCGCCUGGCGGGCAACGUGAGCGGUAGCUUCACGCUCAUGAGGGACGAGCGCGGGCUGGCCUCCAUGAAUAACCUCUAUACUCCCUACCACAAGGACGUGGCCAGCAUGGGCCAGAGCCUCUCGCCCCUCUCUGGCUCCGGUCUGGGCGGCAUCCACAACUCCCAGCAAGGGCUCCCCCAUUAUGCCCACCCGAGUGCUGCCAUGCCCACCGACAAGAUGCUCACCCCAAACGGCUUCGAAGCCCAUCACCCGGCCAUGCUCAGCCGUCACGCGGAGCAGCACCUUACGCCCACCUCGGCUGGCAUGGUGCCCAUCAACGGCCUUCCUCCGCACCACCCCCACGCCCACCUGAACACCCAGGGCCACGGGCAGCUCCUGGGCACGGCCCGGGAGUCCAACCCCUCGGUGAACGGCGCGCAGGUCAGCAAUGGAAGUAAUUCAGGGCAGAUGGAAGAGAUCAAUACCAAAGAGGUGGCGCAGCGUAUCACUACCGAGCUCAAGCGCUACAGCAUCCCACAGGCCAUCUUCGCGCAGAGGGUGCUCUGCCGCUCCCAAGGGACCCUCUCGGACCUGCUGCGUAAUCCCAAGCCCUGGAGCAAACUCAAGUCCGGACGGGAGACCUUCCGGAGAAUGUGGAAGUGGCUGCAGGAGCCAGAGUUCCAGCGCAUGUCUGCGCUCCGCUUAGCAGCAUGCAAAAGGAAAGAGCAAGAACAUGGGAAGGACAGAGGCAACACGCCCAAAAAGCCCAGGCUGGUUUUCACAGAUGUCCAGCGUCGAACUCUACAUGCAAUAUUCAAGGAAAAUAAGCGUCCAUCCAAAGAAUUGCAAAUCACCAUUUCCCAGCAGCUGGGGUUGGAGCUGAGCACCGUCAGCAACUUCUUCAUGAACGCAAGGAGGAGGAGUCUGGACAAGUGGCAGGACGAGGGCAGCUCCAAUUCAGGCAACUCAUCUUCAUCAAGCACUUGUACCAAAGCGUGAAGGAAUACCACAAACUAAACCUCGGUGGAAAAGCUUUAAAUAAAAGAAUUUUUAAAAGACCGGGACCUCAAGAUAGCAGGUUUAUACUUAGAAAUAUUUGAAGAAAAAAAAGUGUUAUUUAUAGUCCAAAGAAACCAAAGACUUAGCUCACCUGCAUUCUGACUUUGUUCGGUGACACACACUUGAACGGGGCGACGACUUGGCAAGAAAAGUUCUGAGAGCGGGGAAACACCACUGGAUCUCACACCUUCAGUCCAUGAUCAUUCUCGCUGUGCUUGGCUGUUCGUGGUUUGGAGCAUAGUGAUUUUGAGCCAUUGAGUGGACAUCUCUUAAGAUCGGACUUUCUCAUCUGUUCCGCUGUGCCACAAAGGUGGACGGCAUCUCAGUACUGUGUGUGGUGGGUGUGUGAAUGCGCACACACGCACGCACACACUCGCUCACACACGCACCACCAGUGGUUAGGGACUUAGGCAGGGCUGGUCUUCAGGAAGGGUUGUGCUGUAGGAGCGCAACCAACCAAGUUAAGGGGUUGUCUGCGUUCAUUGGAUCAGGAGUGAGACUGCGUUCGCCUAGCCUAGCGUUUGAACCUGCCAGGCCUGCCACCUAAAUGCAGAUUCAAACCCAGCAAAGAAAAUUUGAAUGACACCUAAACCAGUGCAUUCUCUUUGUUUGUUAAGGAAUGUUCAGAUAUUUUUUAAGAAAGGAAACAAGAGUCCAUCCAUUAAAAAAAAAAAAAACAACUAGGUACCAAAGAACACAAUAUUAUAGUGCAGGUAUUUUAUUGCGAUGAUUUUAAUAACCAAAGCUAUUUUUACACAAGAUACUAUGUAAAGUUAUACGUAUGAACUGAUCUAGCUAUAACACAC